GUAUGACCAGCCUUAGAUUUCAGUAGAGGAAGAAAGCGGAGACGUCACAUUGGAGAGAUGCAACCAGCAGUAGCUGCUUCACCACUAAUCACAUAACAUUAACAUAACUAGCUAGGACAAGCUAACAUAGCCUGCUACAUAAUUCGCCUGUGAAAUAUCAUACAUCCGGAAUUGCAAAUCUGCAAGAAACAGACGAACUAUUCAUAAACGGUGCUAAACGGAAAACAACAUAACGGCCGUAUAGCUACAGUUAUCGUGGCUUCUUCUUGCAUCCAACUGGCAGGCUAUUUUGGCAAGCUAGCGAAGCCAACGAUAGCAAACUCUGCCUUGGCUAGCGUCAGGCUAGCCAGCUAGCUAGCUAGCUAGCUACUAACGUCGCUAACGGUAGUAACGUUAAGCUAGCUAGCGAGCUGUAGUGACUUGCGUCAUGGAUGAACUAGUCGUGGAGGUGAGGGGAACAAGUGGGGCCUUUUAUAAGGCCUUUGUGAAGGAUGUUCACGAAGGAUCCGUCACUGUGGCAUUUGAAAACAAUUGGCAGCCAGAGCGUCAAAUCCCAUUCCAGGAUGUUCGUUUUCCUCCUCCAACAGGAGUCUGCAAGGAGAUCAAUGAGAGCGAUGAAGUCGAGGUAUAUUCCAGGGCUAAUGACAAAGAGCCGUGUGGAUGGUGGCUGGCCAAGGUUCGCAUGGUCAAAGGAGAGUUUUACGUAAUAGAGUACGCUGCAUGUGACGCUACAUUAAAUGAGAUAGUGACGCUGGAGCGGUUACGGCCGGUCAACCCCAAUAAACCAGCCACCAAAACCACCUUCAUCAAGAUCCGACUGGAUGUACCAGAAGAUCUCCGACAGAUGUGCUCCAAGGAAUCCGCACACAAAGACUUUAAAAAGGCAGUGGGAGCUUUCAAUGUCACCUACGACUCAGAGAAAAAGCAGCUGGUCAUUUUGUCUGUGAAUGAGGUCACGACAAAGCGGGCCAAUAUGAUGAGUGACAUGCACUUCAGGAGCGUCCGCACCAAACUGUCACUCAUGCUGAGGAACGAAGAGGCCAACAGACAACUAGAGAGUUCCAGGCAGCUGGCGUCGCGGUUUCAUGAACAGUUUGUGGUUCGGGAUGAUCUAAUGGGUCUGGCCAUCGGGACUCACGGGGCUAACAUUCAGCAAGCACGUAAAGUCCCGGGAGUCACUAACAUAGACCUGGACGAGGAGACGUGCACCUUUCACAUAUACGGAGAGGACCACGACGCUGUCUGUAUAGCGAGGAGUUUCCUGGAGUUCUCUGAAGAUGUCAUCAAAGUUCCCCGGAACUUAGUAGGGAAGGUGAUUGGCAAAAACGGCAAACUGAUCCAGGAAGUGGUGGAUAAGUCUGGGGUGGUUCGGGUUCGCAUUGAGCCCGAGAAUGACAAAAAGCCCUCAGCACUCGCAGCAGCCGCAGCAGCAGACGAUGGACUGGUGCCAUUUGUAUUUGUUGGGACCAAGGAAAGCAUCUCCAAUGCUACAGUACUUCUGGACUAUCACCUCAACUACCUUAAGGAGGUGGAUCAGCUUCGUCUGGAGCGUCUCCAGAUCGACGAGCAGCUGAGACAGAUAGGAGGCGGAGGGGGAGGAGGAGGGACAGGGCCCCGAACCCUCAAAGACAAAACCUACGUGUUCGAUAACGGCAUGGGGCUGGGCAUGGGGAGAGGAGCAGGGGGAGGUGGAGGAGGAGGAGGAGGCAAGCCCUACGGAGGAGGGGGAGGAAGAGGUGGCAGAGGGCGAAGAGGAGGAGGUGCAGCUUUCGCCUCAGGCACCAACUCGGAGGCAUCCAAUGCUUCAGAGACGGAGUCCGACCACAAAGACGAGCUCAGCGACUGGUCGCUGGCCCCCACCGAGGAGCUGAUGACAGGGGGCGGGACCCUGCCCAGACGGACAGAUGGGAGGAGGAGAGCAGGCGGAGGAGGGCUGCGUGGACGAGGGGGGAGAGGAAGAGGAGGAGGGGGGUACAAAGGUGAUGACAUGCAGUGGAGCGAGCCAAGACCUCGUCAUGUCAGAGACCCCAAGACAAGAGCGCAGGAAGACACUUUACAGAUUCGUGUGGACGGUAACGAGCGCAGCGUGCAGCACUCCUCAGGGGGGCGAGGAGGAGGGCCCUCCUCCUCCCAGGGCGGCGGCGGUGCCGGCGGCGAGGGCCCAUCUCGCCAUUACCAUCCGAGACCCAUCAGAGACCGAGGGAUGAAGAAAGACAAACAGGACGCUCCUCUGCUGGUGAACGGAGUGUCGUAGAUACACCACUGGAGGACUGUCUCACUUAGUCACACACACACACACACACAUAAUCACACACACACACACACACACACACACACACACAGGCAACCUGUCAUAAACAAGAUAGAAUCUCUCUUGCUUUUUCUUUCACUGUUUUUGUCAAACACACAAAUACACAUAUUUGAUCAGCAUGGAGGAGUGUAAUGUAGUGCCGUCAUAGACCAGAGACAGUCUGGCAUCUGCUGGUCUGCUCUGUUGAGGUCUGUUGAUUGUACUGGUCUGGUUUGUUCCUGACUCUUCAGGCAUCUCCUGCUCUUCUCUGGAGUGACAAAUUAAAGAAACCGUACUUUUUGGACAUUGAGGAAAAGAAGAGGAGGGAUUUGACUAAAGCUCAUCUUUCACAGAGGCAUUACCCCCAAACGUGCUCCCCGACACAUCAAAGGCAAAUCAUUUUCUGCUCUUUUUUUAACUAAAUUGGAUGAUUUCAUUCUUUUCCCCACUGCCCCGUUUGGUCUUUCUCACACCAGAACAAAUCAAAGGAAUACUUGGUUGACAUGAGCACAUUGAAAUAUGUGUUCCCUCCCUCCUGCUGUACGCUUUAAACAUAUUUUUUACUGCAGAUGUUUGUUGUAGCGAUGAUCUUUUUUUUUAGUGGGCUAAAAGCCUCAAAAUCCAACACUUGGGAGUCAGCUGCCCACAGCAUUGCGUUUCUAAUAUAACUAGGCCUAUACUGAGUCAUUUAGAGUCUUUCAGGUGCAUCGCCACAGAGACUUUUGAACUUCAUUCUAUAAUACGACAUCUUUUUUCACAUAUAGAAAAACACAGAGCUUUCAGGCUGGGAGAAUAUGGUUGAAGGGGGUACUUUGUUUUGGGAUAGUCAUUUGAACCCUGGUCCCCAUUUUGACAAGUCAAAACCUGCCUUUGGGAUCAGCAAAGCGGAGAGGAGUUCAGUGUCCAUGUUUUCGGAUGAAGUGCAAACAGGCAUGCAUGGGCAACGGAAUUGCCAAGAAUACUUACCUCGUCGUUUUAAGUCAUCUGUGUUUCGUUUCCUCCUGAUAAGAUGAUGUAACUUUCAUUCAGUCUUUUGGACUGUCAGACCAGGCAUGAAUUCAACAAGAUAUUAGACUUACCAAUGGGGAAACAUAAAUCUGAGGCACUCUGAUGCAAACAUUAGAUAGCUUAACUCCUAAGAGUCUCGAACAGGGUACAACAUGUCAUGCACUGCUGUUAUUUUUCAAAUGGAUUGCGUAUGGAAAUAGAAAAAUGACUAGGCCAACAGUGACUGGGAAUCCACAUUAAAAACAAGUGAAGCGCUCGGUCCAUUCGGUCCUCACCGCUCUGCCCGGCCAUCUUUAACCUCCAAACCAACUGUCCGUCAGCAGCAGCCUCUGAGAUGCUGUAAGGACAGCUACUGGGCAAUCUGUCUUUAUAUCUGUCAGUUGCAUUGGACUUUUUUAUGAUUCUCCCAAUACUCCUUUAUCUCAUAGACCUGUUUACACAUCCUCUACCAGACUCAGGAGAGCCUUUUCAACCUCAAAAGUGGGAUAUUUCACAGAGAGGGCUUAGUCUGGAAGCCAGACUUACUUCGCUUAGUUCCUCACUAAACAAAGAACUCUCGGAGGAUGCCAGGGAAAUUAUUACGGUUACUUUUGCUUUCAGACAAACCUGGUUAGGUUGCAGGAAUAAGGCGGCAACAUCGUGAAUGUAGAACCCGAUUACAUGAGCUUUUCUUUAAUUUAUGAAAACCUUUGUAUUUAACCUUUUUUUUGUUUCGCAUUUAGUAUUAAUGUAGAAGAAACAACAUUUCGUUGAUACCUUGACAAAAUAAACAUUUGCUGUAAGUUUUAUUCUUCCUGGUUUUCCAACUUAUUCUGAGCCUGACCCUCUGACUUAAACAUUUUUGUGUAUUAGUCCUAUUUAAUUUUUGUUAUUUUGUAAAUUAUAGGAAGGUGAGAAUCUGGGUUCUAACGUCGAUACAACAAAUUGUAUCUUUCCAAUACCACAAAAUCAGAUCAUGUUUUGCAACCAUGAAGGGUGCAACGCAUUUAUUACAUGCAUGAUUUGAAUUGUUCCUCAACUUCUUGCUUUUAAAAUACAGGACUGCACAUGCCACCCGACAGAUUUACAGUGAAAUUUAGUGAAAGCGCUCUAAGCUAAGAGCAUAAAUUCUGAUGUAAUUGAAGCAUGAUAUUCAUCAAGUCCAGUUUUCUAAGCCUCCUUUGUGAAAUCCCUGUUCUGGAUAAAGAGCAAAGGGUGUUGGUUCAGGCUUCUUUUAAUCUUAGUGCCUUGGAUUUAUGCUCCUCAAUUUCUGUGAAUUGGGCCCAUUCUGAGAAGCACCUGAAUAAUUUUUAUACUGUCUGUUAAACCCAGUGUAACCCCCCUUCUGUAUUGUUUUUAGGGUAUAAAUGUUUCCUGCAUGUUUUUAGGGAGGCACACUGGUGUAAAAUGGCCUCUACAGUUUCUGGCCAUUGAUUUUGUCCCAUAACAUAACAGUUCCAGGUUGUUGUUUUUUUUUUUUUUUAAUAUAUAUAUCUUUGCUUCAAACUUGUCUGGCUCAUGCUCGAACUCUGUGUCACACCGACGCACGCUAAAAAACAAAAGGAAAAAAGCGUCAUGUCAUCAAAUAGAUGACUUUAUUUAGACAUCAUUGUGCAGGUGAAGAAAAACAAUGUGUCAACUUCAGGCUCUCAUCUUGAGGUGCUACAACCUGCUUAGCGCUUGACACCUCAGUUACUGACUUCAUAUAUGUUAAACAUGGAAAUAUCCUUGUGUCAUCAUCAUCAUCAUCAUCACCACCUUCCAUAAAAAUAGAGAACAAUGUAGGUUGCGAGAAGGCCUUUGAAGAUCAUGUACAUUCUUAGUUGCCCCAAAUUGUAGCCUAAAUUGAAACUGUAGUAACUUAGAUGGGCUAAUGUUAAAGGUAUUUGUAGAUUUAUGAUUAAAUAGACAUUGGUAAUAGCAUUAGUUUGAAUUAA